GAUCUUUAUAAAUAACAAAAAUAAAAAUUAUGGAAGAAUAACGUAAGAGAUUGAACUCUUCUAUGACUUAUGAAGAAUAUGUAAAUACUUUUGAAAAGGCACCAAAAAAACCAUGUUUAAAACCAAAAUAAGAACCAGAUGUUGGUAUGGAUGAUCUAGAUUUGCUUAGUGAUGCUUAGACAGACAUAGUAAACACAAACUCUAUAAUCUCAUAGCCUUAAAUUAAAACAAAAAUAUACUGCGAUCCUAAUACUGUAAUCUAAGAAGUUGAAGAAGAUGGUAAAACUCCUGUUGUUUGGCUAGAUUAAUAACUUACUCCAAGUCCUAUGAAGAUGGCUAGAUAAAGAACAUAAAGCGAGAAUAUUUAAUUUACUUUUAUAAGUUUUGUUGAAAGAGAAAUUGAGAGAAAAGGCUCACGCAAGUUUGAAUGAAUAAAUUUUGUGCUA